AUGUCAUGGCAAGAUCCUCAGCAGCGAUUGAAGCAACAGAGUGAACAGAAACAACAAGAACUUACAAAUUUACAUCAACAACAGAGUGCAAAAAAUAGAAAGGCAACUAAAAAUGCAAGUCCAUCUUUACCAACACCAAAUCGUAAUCGUGCUCGUCCUCAACAAACUUCAACAUCUCAUCAACGUACUCUUGCUCGAUUUAGUACACUGAAAGCAUCAUCAUUUCGUUCACCGGCCACAUAUAUUCCACAAUCAAAUAAUGGUACUCUAUGGAAAACAUAUGGUCUUGAUGAAAAUUCAUUAACAAUACGUUUUCUUUAUUCAAAUUUACUUUUACUUGAAUGGUGUAUUAAACAUAGUUUAUCAACAUCAUUACCAUCAAUGGGUGUUGAUAUUGAACAUACUUCAAAUCGAAUAAGUCGUAAAUGUCCAAAAUAUAGUGAAACAUCAGCAUCAUCUACAUCAACAACAAUUAAUCUUAAUGAUCUGAUACAAGCAGCUAAUAUUUGUCUUGAAAAACGUCUUGCUUAUCAUUCAUUAUCUGAUGAAACUUUUGCUAAAAUUAAAUUAACACUUAGGCAAACGCAUACAACUAUUGAACGAACUGAACAAAUACAUAAAACUCUUGAUCAUUUAGCGUAUUUACCUAAACAUAUCAAAGGUUAUCAUAAUGAACAACAAAAACAAAAAAACAUCAUUUGA